GAUUUGCGGUGGGCAGUUUCAAGUGCGUAUAAAAAGAAGCGAUCAGAUUUGGAGCGAUCAAGGUGACGGGUUCUGGCGAAUGGAUCAACCGAUAUGUACAACAGUAGUGUUCACUGGGAAGCGCGACUCCCGGCAGGGGCACCACGUCUGCUAGGAUGGAACGUUCCACCAGAGGAAUUGAUUCAUAUACCGGAACAUUGGCUGGUGUAUCCUGAGCCGAACCCCUCCCUUCACUAUCUUCUAGCUCUUCUCUACGUUCUAUUCACCUUCAUCGCUCUCCUAGGAAAUGGUCUCGUUAUCUGGAUUUUCUGCUCGGCCAAGUCGUUAAGAACGCCGUCGAAUAUGUUUGUAGUGAAUUUGGCGAUAUGUGAUUUUAUGAUGAUGCUCAAGACUCCAAUUUUCAUUUACAAUUCAAUAAACACUGGCUUUGCGCUCGGAAAUCUUGGAUGUCAAAUUUUUGGAUUUAUGGGCACAUUAUCGGGAAUUGGCGCUGGUACAACGAAUGCAGCGAUAGCCUAUGAUAGAUACAGUACAAUAGCGAGACCAUUGGAUGGAAAACUAACACGGGGUCAAGUGAUGUUAUUCAUUGUUCUCAUAUGGUCCUACACGAUUCCAUGGGGUUUAAUGCCUGUGAUGGGUGUCUGGGGACGUUUUGCUCCAGAAGGAUUUUUGACAAGUUGCACCUUUGAUUAUAUAACUGAUACACCUGAAAUUCGCAUGUUCACCGGGACAAUAUUUACCUUCUCGUAUGCAAUACCAAUGACACUUAUUAUAUUUUAUUACAGUCGAAUGGUCGGUCACGUAAUGGAUCACGAGAAAGCACUUCGGGAACAGGCGAAGAAAAUGAAUGUCGAGAGUUUGAGGAGUAAUGCAAAUGCAAAUGCUCAAUCGGCGGAAAUUCGCAUUGCCAAGGCAGCGGUGACAAUUUGCUUCCUGUUCGUUGCUGCAUGGACACCGUACGGAGUGAUGGCGAUGAUCGGAGCUUUCGGGAAUAAAGCUUUAUUAACACCCGCAGUGACAAUGAUUCCAGCUUGUUGCUGCAAAGCUGUCGCUUGUUUAGAUCCUUAUGUUUAUGCCAUCAGUCAUCCUCGAUACAGACUGGAAUUGCAAAAGAGACUGCCUUGGCUUGAAAUACAAGAAAAACCAAUCUCAGAUUCAACCAGCACGACAACAGAAGCUGUUAAUCAAUCAACCACUUAAUUUUAAUAAGAUGUAAUUAAAUGAUUUGAUAAAUAAGCUACUACUUCUAUACGUUAUGAUUAAUAUCUGAUAACUGCAAAAAAAACGAAAAAGAAAAACGUGAAAUCUUGAAACAUUUAAACCAGAGAGAGAGAGAGAAAAAAAAGAAGAGAGAGAGAGUAUGUUGACGGAGUUGAAAAUUAAAUUAUUCCGCAAAAUUAUAAUAUAUUUUCGCUUGUUCGUCAAAGUAAGUAAUUAUGUAUUAAUAUGUAAUUUUCUUAUUUUAUUUUGUAAUAAAGAUCUCUUCCGACGAUUUAUUUAAAUAAAUAAUGGACUAAAUAUAAAGUA